CCCUCUCCCCAAUCUUCUGGCCUUGUUCUCCACACAUAUACUUUCCAAAGCCUCUCUCUCUCUCUCUCUCUCUCUCUCUCUCUCUCUCAAAUGGACCAAAAUCUGCAGGAAAACCAGGAGAUUGCACUGACCAAGAUUAGAAGAUCAAUAGACGAUCUGGGCUCUUCAUCAAAGAAAUAUGGAGAUGCGACACUACUGAGGUUCCUGGUGGCCAGAUCAAUGGACCCCACCAAGGCUGCAAAGAUGUUUGUGCAGUGGGAGAAAUGGAGGGCUGAAUUUGUUCCCUCAGGAUUUGUCUCUGAAGAGGAGAUCUUAGACGAAUUAGAAGCUCGGAAGAUUUAUUUACAAGGCCUUACUAAGGUGGGCCACCCCCUUUUGAUCGUCAAAGCAAGCAAGCACUUCCCAUCCAAAGAUCAACCUCAAUUCAAGAAAUUCGUGGUUCAUUUGUUGGACAAGACCAUUGCCAGUGGUGUUAGGGGAAGGGAAGUGGGAAAUGAGAAGCUGGUUGGAUUGCUUGAUUUGCAGGGUAUUACAUAUAAGAACAUCGACGCUCGUGGUUUAAUCACAGGUUUCCAAUUUUUGCAGGCUUAUUAUCCGGAGCGACUAGCAAAGGUCUAUCUUUUAAAUAUGCCCUGGAUUUUCGUGAGUGUUUGGAGUGUGGUUUGUCGAUUUCUUGAGAAGGCAACCCUUGAGAAGGUUGUAAUUGUAAGCAGUGAGGAGGACCGACAGGCUUUUAUUAACGAAAUUGGAGAGGAAGCUUUGCCUGAGGAGUAUGGUGGGCGGGCCAAGCUUGUGGCCGUCCAAGAUGUGAAGCUCAAUCCCCAACCGUUGGAUGAUUAGAUAUUCCUAAUACAUUUAUUUCCAUCUAUAGCCGUCCAUCAAAUCAAAUAAACUAUACCAAAAUUAAGAGAAGCACACGUGAUUUGUA